UGUUGUGCUGGCUCCUACCUUGCCCUGUCCUCAUCCCUGUCUCUUGUAACCCGCCCUAGGAGCUCCCAACCAUGAACCACCGCGAGUCUGCCUUCCUCAUAACGGUAAUGGCGGUGGCGGUGCACGUGACUAAGUCAGCAAAUAGCCCCAUUCAGCACAUGGCGGCUGUUGAAGGCGAAGAUGUGCUCCUUAACUGUUCAACAUCGUCCAUAAUCGACAGCGUGCGAUGGAGAUAUGGACAGUCUAACACAACAAUAUUAUUUCGUGGCAUUCAAUUUGUCACACCCUGCAACCCACUUUUCUGCUACGUGGUUUUGUCUGGGAACCUGAGCAGUGGAAAUGGCUCCAUCACUCUGAUUUCAGUCCCAGCGAACGCGAGUGGAAUGUACCUCUGUUUUCUGGAAACAAGCAGAGCUGAUCAUCAUCAUGGCAUGGUGUACAACUUGACGGUAACCUCUAAAGGUACCGCUGCUACGACGCAUGCAGCGACAUCGCCGGUGCCAUCAACGGUGCCAUCGAUGGUUUCGCCCUCGCGCGGCAAUGCGUCCAUCGCCAUAACCGCGUGGGCUCUGAUCUUCCUUCUGGUGCUGAUGGUACUUCUCUACCGGUGCCACCACCGCUACCACAGCAGGAAUUGGUGUUGCUGGAAGAAAAUGAAAAGUAUUUUCAGCCGUGGUGAUGGUGAUGGUAUUGAUGAUAGUGGUGGUGGUAGAAGGAACGGAGACUCGGGAGAGACGCACCCUGUUGGAGAGACUCGUCGCUUGGAGGAAAUGGAGACGAGUGAGGUGGCGUACGUCGCACACAAUGUCAGCUGGAGACGAGAUCGUGUACGCAAACCUUUAAACGGAGCAUCUACCACCUUGCGCACAGCCUCGCCAAUCUCUCGGAGAAGACGUCACAGUGUACACGACUAUUGCGGAAUUCAGUGGGGAGAAUGAACAUCCAGGCUGAAAGGAGUCGUGAGAAUAUACAAUAGCAGUAGUUGGACAAUGCCUUAACCACCAAACUGAACUUUUAUAUUACCAGGUAAGGCCCCACUGAGCUAUAUAGAUAGCUCUUUUUCAGAAGCGACCUGGUAACAAAUGACAACUCAACGAAGUGGC